AUGAAUUCACCUUGCGUUGCUUUUUCCCGGUUGGGGAAAGUGUCCUCAUCCACCUCGCUCGACCCUGCUCACUUUUUUACCACUCAGUCUGGUCAUGAAGCGGAGACUACUGGAGCGAUAUCCGUCCUCGAUGCGAGCGAAGGUCUUGCAUCCCGGUGGACCACGGCAUACUGGAGACUCGCGACCGAUACCAAUAACUCCGAUGCCGCACAGACGUCUGUCGCUGGGGCGACGGCCAACAACGGCAAUCGCGAGAAGGAACUGCGGGCGGACAUGCACGUCAUCGGUGAUAGGUUGACCGUCAGGUAG